UAGAAUAUAACUAAUAGUCCAAAAAGAAAAUAAAUAGUAAAUGGAAGAAAAUAAAUAGUAAAUGGAUGUCCGCAUCACAAUUUUUCUGUUCUCUUAUCUCAUACUGGAUUGGGAGAAACUUAUCGAUCGUGCACCAACAGGCUGAUGUUGAUGGAAAUGGGACGAUUGACUACAUUGAGUUCAUUACUGCUACAAUGCACAGACACAGAUUAGAAAGAGAGGAAAACCUUUACAAAGCAUUUCAGUACUUUGAUAAAGACAAUAGCGGGUUUAUCACAAGAGAUGAACUAGAAACAGCCAUGAAAGAGUAUGGAAUGGGCGACCCAGCCACCAUAAAGGAAAUAUUAUCUGAAGUGGACUCGGACAAUGAUGGAAGAAUCAAUUACGAAGAAUUUUGCACCAUGAUGAGAACUGGAACUCAACAGCCUGACAGACUCUUUUAGCAGUAUUGAGAACCGGGUUGAGUGUAAGAAUCGAAACUUUCAGAGUUAAUUUGCUGACUCCAGAUCCUUAGAAACUACGUGGAAUCUCCACCCGAAGUUAAGACCUUUAAACCCUCUGAGACUCNGU